AGACGGCACGGCACCACCACCAAACCAAAGCACGACGCGCCGCGCCCCAACCUGCCUGACCAGCAACCACCCAUCCAAGAAGUAUGCAACUUUACUUCAAAAAAAAAAAAAAGAAGUAUGCAACUGCCUGCCGGCCAGGCUCCAGACCUCUGGGCCGCACCAGCCAGCCACCCCCGCGCAAAAGAGAAAAAAGAGCCUGCCGCGCUGCGACCACGCUACCGCGACCCAGCCCACCCCGCCCGCCCGCGUCCAGACACCGACGAGGCCACGAGCCGUCGCCGUCCCCACCGCAGCGCACCCCCAACGAAAGGGAACGCGGCGUCGCCGAGCUGAGGCAUUUUCGCGCUCCAACCAACGACCACUUUAAACCUUCCCACACGGCCGCCGCGGGGCGAAGUCGAAGUCGAAGUCGAAGUCGCACCCCACCGCCACUGGUCAUCAACUCCGCAACAACCAGCGCCAUCGGGCAGCAUCGGCAGACGGGCGGCACCAUGCAACGAUGUCCACGCCGCAGCGUUCCACUCCUCCCCCGGCUCGGUGCCGUCCUCCUGCUCCUGCUCCUUCUCCUCCUCGCCCCCGCGCCGGCCGCCUCCGCCGCCCCCGGUACCAGCACCACCGACACGGUCACGCCGGCGGCGCCGCUCGCGGGCGACCGGACGCUCGUCUCGGCGGGGCGGGGCAAGUUCGUGCUGGGCUUCUUCGCGCCGGACCCGGACGAGGCCGGGACGACCUACCUCGGGAUAUGGUUCAACAACAUCCCCGUCCGCACCGUCGUGUGGGUGGCCAACCGCGAGAGCCCCGUGACGGGAUCCCCGGCCGGCGCCGCCCUGCGGAUCCUCGCCAACGGGAGCCUGGCCAUCGUGGACGACAACAACAGCGACGACUCCGUGGUCUGGGCGACGCCGCCGCCACCGGUCUCGUCGUCGUUGUCGCCGGGCGCGCUCAGUAACGCCACCGCGCAGCUCCUGGACAACGGCAACCUCGUGCUGCGCGUCCCGGGGGCCGGCGUGGUGUGGCAGAGCUUCGACCACCCGACCGACACGCUGCUCCCGGGGAUGAAGCUGGGCAUCGACUUCCGGACGGGCCUGGACCGGCGCAUGAACUCGUGGCGGGGCGCGGGGGACCCGUCCCCGGGGGAGUACACCUUCCGCCUCGACCCGCGGGGGUCGCCGGAGCUCUUCCUCUACCGCCGCUCGGCCCGCACCUACGGCAGCGGGCCCUGGAACGGCUUCCAGUUCACCGGCGUGCCCAACCUCAAGUCCAACAGCCUCCUCACCUUCCGCUUCGUCUCCGCGCCCGGCGAGGAGGCCUUCUACAGCUACGACGUCCUCGACAACGCCACCGUGCUCACGCGCUUCGUCGUCAACUCCUCUGGCCAGAUCCAGCGGCUCAUGUGGAUCGACAUGACGCAGUCCUGGAGCCUCUUCUGGUCCUACCCGCUCGAUGAGUGUGACGGCUACCGCGCCUGCGGGCCCUACGGCGUCUGCAGCGUCGAGCGCUCCCCGAUCUGCGGCUGCGCGCCGGGGUUCGACCCGCGCUUCCCCGCCGAGUGGGCGCUCCGGGACGGCUCCGGCGGCUGCAGGCGCCGGACCGAGCUCAACUGCACCGGCGACGGCGACGGAUUCGCCACGCUCACCAACAUGAAGCUGCCGGAGUCGGCCAACGCCACCGUGGACAUGUCCCUCGGCCUCGACGAGUGCCGCCAGGCCUGCCUCGGGAACUGCGGCUGCCGGGCCUACGCCAGCGCCAACGUCAGCAGCUCGGGGCCCGGCACGGGAUGCUUCAUGUGGACAGGCGAUCUGCUGGACAUGAGGCAGUUCGGCAAUGGCGGGCAGAAUCUCUUCGUCCGGCUCGCCGCCUCCGAUCUACCUCUCAGCACCUCCUCGGCAGAGACUCAUUCAAGAACGGCGAGGCUCGUCGAGAUCAUCGUCCCAUCGGUCGUCGGACUGGUGUUGCUACUGGUUGGGCUUUACAUCUGCGUCAUGAAGGUCAAGAAGCGCAGGAAGGAAGCUACUCCCCUACCUUCAAGGAACGCACAGAGCACGCCUUUCGGACGGAGGAACCAGAUUGCUGCGUCAAGUGACGCUCAGGACGACUCCCUGCAUAACGGCCAGCAGGGAAACAACAAGGAUUGCGAUCUCCCGUCUUUCGAUGUGGAGAAGAUCCAAGCUGCCACCGACAACUUCUCGAUCCACAACAAGAUCGGGCAAGGCGGAUUUGGCCCGGUUUACAUGGGGAAGCUUGACAACGGUCAGGACAUAGCGGUGAAGAGGCUGUCGCGGCGGUCGACGCAGGGGCUCCGGGAGUUCAAGAACGAGGUCAAGCUGAUCGCCAAGCUCCAGCACAGGAACCUCGUCAGGCUUCUCGGCUGCUGCAUCGACGGGUGCGAGAGGAUGCUGGUCUACGAGUACAUGCACAACCGGAGCCUCAACACCUUCCUCUUCGACGAAGAGAAGCAGUCGAUGCUGUGCUGGGAGAAGCGGUUCAACAUCAUCAACGGCAUCGCGCGUGGGAUCCUGUACCUCCACCAGGAUUCGGUGCUCAGGAUAAUCCACAGGGAUCUCAAGGCCAGCAACAUUUUGCUCGACAAGGACAUGAACCCGAAGAUCUCCGACUUCGGCGUCGCGAGGAUAUUCGGGACGGACCAGACCGCUGCUUACACCAAGAAAGUGGUCGGAACAUAUGGGUACAUGUCCCCUGAAUACGCCAUGGACGGGGUCUUCUCCACCAAGUCCGACGUGUUCAGCUUCGGCGUGCUGGUGCUCGAGAUCGUCAGCGGGAAGAAGAACAGGGGGUUCUACCACACCGAGCUCGACCUCAACCUCCUGCGAUAUGCGUGGAGGCUGUGGAGGGACGGCGAGAGCUUGGAGUUCAUCGACCCGUCGAUCGCGGACACGUCGAACGCACUGGAGGUGCUCAAGUGCAUCCAGAUCGGGCUGCUGUGCGUGCAGGAGCAGCCGAAGCGCAGGCCGACCAUGUCGGCGGUGACCACGAUGCUGGCCAGCGAGACCCCCACGCUGCCGGAGCCGUGCGAGCCGGCGUUCAGCACGGGGAGGAACCACCACGACGACGACGACAAUGGCGAGGAGGAACCGGAGGUGAAGGUCUGCCGGUCUGACAGCGCCAGCAGCUGGACUGUAACCGUAGUGGAGGGUAGAUAGCGACGGCAGGCGCCAGGCGGGAACAAUGUUUGUUUUGCAAAUGUAAAUACAAACAUUAAUUAUAACCUGAACAGCAUUGGAUUCAGUCAAUUUAUCGAUUGAUUGAGAGUGUUGUUACUUGUUCCCGGUUUGGGACAUGAGCUCGGAAAAAAAGGGCCGACCAGGGGCUGAAGAAGAUGGCCCUGUUCGUUCA